CCGCAGUUUCAGUUAAUCUAGAAGUCUCUUUCGUUCAUUCAUUGAGUGUGAAGUGCGACGCGAUCUUACGAAACACCGAUCCGUAACCACCAUUUUCUAUUAAUCAUUGUUUCAUCAGAUUCUCUCAAUUCUUUCUCUGAUAAUCCUUCUUUCAAGCUCCUCCACUCUCUCUUUCUUUCCCUUCGCCAAACAUUCACACAUAAAAAAACCACAAACCAAACCGUUCAAAUCAAUAAUCGCAAUCAGACGCGCUAUUUUUUUUUCUCGUAUAUUUGCUUCCUUCCGAUGGUCCACCAAGUCGUCCUCCCUCCGAAGCCGGUGCAAAACCGCCGGAGGCGUGGCGUUGGCGAGGCGGCCGGGGGAGGCGCGGCUGAGUGCGCCGCCGUGUGUUGCUGCUUCCCGUGCGUGGUCGUCCACAUCGCCGUGCUAGCCGUCUACAAGGUCCCCAAGAAGCUUGUCCUUAAAGCCGCGCGCAAGAGACGACAUGGUUUGCUAAGGAACAACAAGAACAACGAUGAUAACAACAGCAGCAGCAUCAACCCUCUUGUCGUAAACAAGGGCAAUGAUAUCGUGGUGUUGCACCCGCACAGGGCUAGCAGUGUCGAUUUGUGGAGCUACGGCGUGGAAGACACGCGCUUGGAGGAGUUUUUUAGGCAAUUACCGGAGAACGAGAUGGACGAGGAUGAAGAGGGGUUCGAGAAGGAGAUGUGGGCCCGGUUCGCCGGAACCGGUUCUGGCGGAGCGAGUCUCAGCGCCAACCGUAACUCUGAACCGGACCGGUCCAGCCUUUGCACAUAUAAGAUAAGAAGAUUACCAUAACGCCUAUAGGAAGAGGGUGUCUAAACGAUGUCGUGACGUGGUCAUGUGACACGUGUUGUGUGGUUUACGAAUUCGGCGAAGCUAUGUUCGUGUGAAUAAGGACAAGCGAGACGGCGACGUGUCGAUGGUCACGGUUAUGUUCAACGUGUGCUUGGAUUUUAUUUUAUUUUCGUUCUUUCGGAUAAUUUUAAUUAGGACAAUUAUCGAUUUUUUUUUUUUGGAAAAAAGAUGUACACUUUUUUUUUUUUUUUUUAAAUU